GCACCACCCAUGGAGGACCGGCGCAGGCCACAGAAGCGCAAGGCUCCUGAUGACUCGGAAGCAAACGAUCAGUUGGUACCUUUGAGAAGUACUGGUGAUGCGGUGGUCCCUGUUCGUCGGGCGCGUGGCAAGCAAAAAGUGGAGAUGCUGGCCGUUCCUUCCAAGAAACUGAAGCGGCUGCUGCAUCUCAAGCUCAAGGUCAGCAUUCCUCACCAGCUGUCGUCUUCCAAGUACCAACACGUCCCGUUUCCAUUGCAGCAGGCCGUUGAGGAGAUGAUCAUGGACAGGUUGGUGCUUGGUGAAGAGGUGACUCUCACACUCAUCAAGAACACAAUGUCCUUUGCAAUCGGAAUCUUCAAUGAGGUGGUUGAGACUAUGCGCCACAACUUUUCCACUAUGACAUUGGAGACUCUAAAGUCACAGGACGACCGCCUGGCCACAUGUUCCCAACAGGAGCUUUCUGAGGUGUUCGAUGACUUGUCGGAGCGUGCCCAAAGCUUCUUUAAUGCAUUGAAGAAAGCAGAGCGCUUGGCCAACAUGUUCGGGGUGCGCCCAAAGAAGAACGAGAAGCCGGGUGCUCAUUUGCCAUUCACCCACAACGCCCUAGAGGCUGUCAGAACGUACGUGAAUGUGACCUGCAAGGGGAAGGGAGUGCACCCCAGACUGAUCGCCAACUUUGAUCAAGUCUGGUGCACAUUGCACCGCCCUGCCAAAUCAGUGCGGCAAAAGGAUCCCACUUGGAGAGGCUUGACAAAGGACCCAAUGGCCAGAUCGCUCCAAAUGCGACGUGUGAGGCACCACCUUGAGAAUGCCUUGAACUUGAGGUUCACAGAGCCCAAUCCAGAUGCAAGGAUGCUCAUCAAAGGUCUUCCAUGCCCGAGGUGUCCCAUUGAGAUCUCAGUGAGGGCUGAUGCCUUUGCAUUGAAGACUUUGGGAAGUCCAGAGCAUCGGCGGCUCAUUUGGCUGGCCUGGCAUCAAAGGGGCUACUGUGAUUUGACAGACAUCGCGGAGUGGAAUUAUGAAGGCAUUGAAGGGGAAAAGAGCUUCCUUUGGGCGAUUCAGAAGGGAGAUGACACUACAACACGGAUGAUCCUCCCCUCUUGGAUGGCAGAUGUCUUGCAGAUGAGGGUUUGCAAAUUUGUCACUGAACACGACCAGUGGCAGGGGAGGAUGGCGAAACGGGGAGCUAUGGGAAAAGAGCUUACAGCUAGCCAGAAGAAAAAGUUUGAUCAGUGGAGCCUCGACCUCAAGCAGAAGGUGAUCUUCAACAAGAGCAAGAAGAGAGUCGUGCUGCAGGCAUCAGAGGUUACCAAAGAUUGCAUUUGUGUCCAGCUGCACCUAUCAGAGGAUCCUGAGAAGCUUCUCCUCUGCGCCAGCAGUGGGGCACCCUAUCGACUAGUCUUGCUGAAGAGUGAGGGGAGAGCUGAAAGCAAGACUGUUCCUUCCGAGCUUGACCAUGCUGUGCCACCAGAUGCAUUGCAAGAACUUCGGGAUGAAGCUGGCAAUGCAAGUGAACAGUCAGAUGAGGAGGAGAACGCGGAGAUGGAAGACCUUAAACUUCGAGAGCUGGAAAAUGAAGCUUACUGCAAUGAAUUUGGAGUGAGUGAUCCUGAUGACUUGCUUGUCAUGGCUGACUCUGACGAGGAGGACGUUGAUGUGUCUUGGGCUGGAGAGGGGGCUAAGAAGACCAAGACCUUCAUGUUCCGUCCUGCAUGGGUCAAGGCGGAAUCCUUGGGACUGACGCAGCUGCCGCGCCAUAUUCAGGGAUGCUCCAUAGCUUGUCAUGGUACAGGUAGGCAAUGGCAAGGCCAUUACCCGCUGGCGAGAGUUGGCUUAUCCUCAAAUUGGGGCGGCUCUACGGGCCGCUCUGAGUGUGAGGCUUUGGUCAAGGCCAUCCGCGGUGUCUUGGAGGCCCACGUAGCGGCCUACCCACGGGACAGGCUCUGGCUGCAGCAGUUGCAGCGUGUCAAAGAUGCGCAGGCAACACAGAACUUGGCAUAG